AGGCAAGUCGCGGGAGCAGUGCUGGCGCAGUACAUAUCGAUAUCGGGAAUAUGGAGGGCGAAGCGUACAACAUAUAUGAUUCUAGCGGAUCGAAGUCGGAAUCAGGGUGGCAGAGGAGCUACACUCGACAACAUGCGGAAUACCAAUCCAUGCGUCGGAAGAUGGAGAAGAAGGCAAGGGGGAGGGAGGGGGAGUAUAUCCGAUUGAGAGGUGGAGAGAAAGCAUGGGUCCGGCGGAGGAAGGAAGAUAAGGGGGAAAAGGAAAGGCGGUAUCAAUGUAUUGGAGCUUGGGGCGAGGUCAAUGAUGUUGAGUGGAAAGAUAUGGAGAGGGUGUAUGAGGGAAGGACGAGGAGAGAGAGGUGGGUUAGGUGCUUGUAGCUUGUAAAAGAGUACUUCAGUCCUUCUUUCUCAACCGCGACCUCUGAAAUACA